AUGUGCCGCUUCACCUGGUUGCACCAUUGGCAGCAAGAUCCGAAAACAAUGUAUGCUGCUGGGCGAGGUGGAGUGCAGCAGAGGAUCCAAAAAGUUGAAGCCAGAAAUGAUGCAGCUCCUGUUGCGAGCAAUCUGGCACAUGAGCUGUUGGAGCGAUGGUCGUGGGGCGAAGUGAGCCCUCAGGUGGUCCAAAAGCUGGCAGCUGCCUCCCAAAGGGACUUUCAAGCUGUCGGAGCGACACCGCCCAGCGAAGUCGCUGCUUUAGCUGGCUUGGGAUCUGCUGGUCUGUAUCCGAAUAAUAUGCACAAGGAGAUUCUGAAAAUCGCCAACAAGAACAAUGCUUUUUCGAAGCCCUUCGCUGUCAAAAUGAGCUUCAAGCCACCCUGGGACAAACUGCUUCAGACGAUGCUUCUUCCACAUGUGGUAUUUUCUGAUCUUUACCACUCUUACCCAGCCGCCUUUGCAAAGUUCAUGAUGCCUUCUGGAGGUAUUCAGAAACUUAAAGAAUUCUGGCGCCUUCAGAAGGCGGGUCAUCCCGCUUGGCGAAACCACCCGAUCGUCAGCAAGAAGUCCUUCGAUGCCGAGCAUACCCUGCCUUUACAGCUACACGGGGACGGCACCCCUGUGGUGGGGAUAGGGAAAAUCUGGAGCAGGCAGCUGACCUCGUACACGUGGAACAGCCUUCUGGCAGAGGGGUGGACAAAGGACAGUAUGAUGCCAUCGUGGUUUUGCUUCGAUGAGACCGAGGCUGGAAAAGAAACGACAGAUGAAUUUUUCCGAAUCAUCUGUUGGUCGUUUGCCUGCCUUGCCAGUGGAGUCUGGCCAGCAGCCAACCACUUGGGUGCAAAGUAUCCCGCCGGUACCGUGGAAGCCCGUCGAGCCGGGACGCCGCUGGCGAAUGGACUGCGAGGCAUCAUCUGGAGUUUGAAUGGCGAUGCCGAAUAUUUGGUGCAAAAGCUGCAGUUGCCGCAUUACGGAUCGAAAGCAUCCCCGUGUGCCCUUUGCAAGUGCAGAGGCGACAAUUCCGAUUCGAGCUGGCAUGAUUGCCGAACAAGUGCUCGGUGGCUCACGUUGGGAUGGACAAGGGAAUCAUGGUUGGCAUACCCGGAGCGAUCAUCGAGCACCAUCUUCUCCAAUGCCACUGGUCUCACCCCAUUGAACGUGCACUACGAUUACAUGCACUGCAAGUACUUGGGGGCAGAUCAGAUCAGCUUCGGGUCGGUCCUUGAUUUGUUGGUGAGUCACCUCAUGGCAGACUCACCACUAACAAAUCUGGGACAAUGCUGGGACAAAAUCGUUACCUCGUACAAGAGACUGGGAAUCUCCGAGAGGUAUAGAGGCUUCCGCAAGCUCACGAUGGCGGGCCAGAUUGCUGCUUUUGGCGAGCCCCUGUUGGAACUUUGGGAGGAGCACAUGCAUCCUGAUCUUGCUGUGCACUGCAAGAUCAGGACGUACUUGCGACUGAACAUCGCCAUGGAGAAGAUCAUGAAGGAGUGCCGAGCCGAGACUGCUUUCCCGGAGCCCCAGGCGACCAACUUCAUCGAAUAUGCCUUCGCUAUGUGCAAUCUUCAUAUGGAGUUGGGGGCACACUUCGAGGCCGAAGGCCUCAAGCUUUUCAGCCCUUUACCCAAGCUGCAUCUGCUUUUGCACACGGUUUUGCUUUGCCGCCACAUCAACCCGAGACUCACUUGGUGCUACAAAGGCGAGGACCUUCAAAAGGUCAGCAGGAGUUUGGCCGCCAGCUGUGCCCGAGGACUCAGAGGACCGGCGGUGACGGUGAAAAUGGUGAGCAAGCUCAGGGCGGCUUGGAACCUGAGGCUGAGCAAAGUCUCUGCAGACUGA